AGGUUAUCAUGCUUCGCCAUUUCGGAUGAUUUUUCCAAUUGCCGGUAAAGAUCCUUCGCGGCCGACCCACCCACCGGGCAACCACGAAGGUCUCUCUCUCUCUCCACAAAUGUGUCAGAGACUCAUAAUCCCUUUCAUCUUCUUUUCCGUUCCCUCCACCGAGGGUUAGGGCUUUGCCCUUUUAAUAUGAGGCCAAACCCUAACUUCUUUUUAAAUCCCAAACAAUCUAUGACAGUACCAUCAAUCUCUCGUUUUCUCUCAUCCUCAACAAGCAACUACUGGACCCAUUUGCAGAAAAAUGUAGCAAACGUAGAAAAAACCCUUAGCACUGUUAAGGCUAAGCUGGACACUACAAGUGUCAACGAGGUCUUACACAAGUGUGCCCCCAAUCAACCGCUUUUGGGUCUUAGGUUCUUUAUUUGGGCUGGUCUCCAACCCAGUUAUAGACACAGUUCACAUGCGUACAGCAAAGCUUGUCAGCUGUUUGGUGUUUGUAGAAAGCCUCGAAUCGUUACUGAUGUUAUUGAAGCUUAUAGGGCUGAGGGUUGUUUAGUUAGCGCGAAAACGUUCAAGGUACUUUUGAAUUUGUGUAGAAAGGCCAAUCUUGCUGGCGAGGGUUUGCGGGUAUUGAGGGAGAUGAAGGAAUUCAAUUGUCAGCCGGAUACAACAGCUUACAAUGUUGUUAUCGGGUUGUUUUGCGAGAAUGGUAAUAUGGAUGUUGCGGCAGAGUUGAUGAGAGAAAUGGGUUUGGUUGGUAUGUGUCCUGAUAUGAUUACUUAUGUUGCAAUGAUUAAGGGGUUCUCCAAUGCAGGUAGGCUAGAAGAUGCUUGUGCUCUGUUUAAGGUUAUGAAGGGACACGGUUGUUUGCCCAAUGCAGUGGCGUAUUCUGCACUUCUUGAUGGGGUUUGUAGGUUUGGGACUUUGGAAAGGGCAUUGGAGUUGUUGCAGGAGAUGGAGAAAGAGGGUGGGGAUUGUAGUCCAAAUAUAGUUACGUAUACUUCUGUCAUUCAAGGGUAUAGUGAGAAGGGUCUGGCAAUGGAAGCAUUGCGGAUUUUGGAUCGUAUGGAAUCUAAUGGUUGUUUUCCAAAUAGGGUGACUAUCAGUACUUUAAUCAAGGGGCUUUGCACAGAGGGACAUUUAGAGGAGGCUUAUAAGCUGAUUGAUAGAGUUGUUGCAGGAGGCAGUGUUUCCUACGGAGAGUGUUACAGUUCUCUUGUGGUGUGUUUGGUAAGAAGUGGAAAAUUCGAAGAGGCGGAGAAGCUUUUCAAGAGGAUGAUAGCUAGUGCCGUGAAACCUGAUGGUCUGGCUUCUAGCACAAUGAUAAAAAGGUUUUGUAUGGAUGGACGGGUGCUGGAUGGAUUUUGCUUAUACAGUGAAAUUGAGAAGGUGGGUUGUAUGUCUCCCAUUGAUACAGAUAUUUAUUCUAUUCUUUUGGCUGGCCUCUGUAAAGAGGGGUUUUCAGUGGAAGCUGCAAAACUAGCGAGAUCAAUGGCUGAGAGAAGAAUACAACUGAAAGAAUGAAAGGCCUACAUCAAAUUUCGGCAAUCUAAGGGCGUUUGAGAUGGGUGCAAACUAGACACCCUUUGGGGUGUGCACUGUCACCGCUUCAAAAGAACUUUGAGUCGAGUUUAAGUUCAUGGCUUACACACACAUCAGAGGCAUAUAUGUAUGGUGAUUUCUGUUUGUAUCUAUGCAUAAUUCUGAGUUUCUAUACCAGAGUUCUAUCGGUGCCAUGGGCAAAAGUUUGGGAAAUGCAAAAAUGUUAGAAGAUAACAGAUUACCUUUAUUUGAUAAUGACUGAAGGUGAACAAGUUGGGUCGUCAUGAUCAAGCCAUCCAUUGAAGGUUUCUCUCUCCCUUUCUCUCAAAUUCUGUCUGUAAUUUUUUUUGUUGGUAGUUGCUCUAAUUUUAUUUGAAGUCUCCGUAAUCUCUCCCUCAUGAUCAAGGACUUCCCCUUUUAGAUCUCUAUGUAACUUCAUGUAAUCAUGUUGUUUUUAUUUGUGUACUCAUGUACUCGGGCUCUUGCGAAUGCAUUUUGAUCAAACGAUUGGAAGAAACAAAGAGAGGGAAAGAAGCACCUGCAAGAGUGCCUUAAGUAGUAUGAGUAGACGUAGUUAUUUUGUCUUAAAGCACUUUCUAAUACUGUUUUAACUUGAUAUAGAGCCCUUCUAAGUUUCCAACUGGGGAAUUGAGAAUACUUCUAGGUAUUCUUUGAGGUUCUUUUUCUAAUGGUUGGAGACCAAGCAACAUUUUAUGACCAACUCCCAACUAGUAUGAAUGUCUGCGACAGUGGAUAUUUCAGUUGAUAAUUCUUAACAUGCCAUUUUGUUAUUAUUGCAAUAUAUCCCACAUGAGACUUCUUUGUUAUAUUGUAGUGACAUUUCAGUCAGUGCUGGUUUACUUCCUACUUCGCAAAUUCAGAUGUUAGCAAAGAUAGUAGUUGAAAUGGAGCAACAUAAUCAGUAAAGGAAUCCAAAAUAGCCUAUCAUAAUAAAUUUAAAAAUGCAAUGCAUCGCAUCACAUCGCAUUCAUCCUACAAUAUUGACAUUGAGUACAAUUAUGAAUUAUCGAUCAACGACUACUACAAAAGAUCCAUUGGAUUAGCAACCCAUGGAAGAAGAGAAAAAAGAGGAAAAGAUCAAUACAAUAUGUAAUUGUAGUAGGAAACCCCAAAAACUAACCAGAUAAGAAAAGGAAUCCUAUUGGCUAAAUGUGGAGGUAUAUGAAGUAAAUGCAUUACAACAUAUAAUUGCUAGAACCCUAAAACAGUUGCUACAGCAGUCGUAAUAUGAAAUGUUGGUCGCCGGUUUUAGGCAUUGCUAGCCAUUUCAAUUAUUCUUCAUCUUUGGCCUUUUCUCCCCCCAUCGGGCCAUUUAUAAGUGCUAAAACAUCCUCUAAAUAAUUGUGCUCUGGAUUUUCUCUCUUGACCUGUCAAUUAUCACAAGAACUUUCAAUUUAUUUCAUACGAUGCAAAUUCACAUGUUAACACAAAACCUACGUCGAAUGGAGAAAACAAACUUUAAAGGAAUGAAAAACAGCCUAUGAAAAAUAAUAUGCAAUUCUAGGCAUUCGUCAGUAGCCUCUCCCCUCUUGAGCGGCUUGAUGGGGAGCACAUUACUAGCAUUAAUUUCUGUCAUUCCCUAGUUUUCCAUUUCAUGUUCAUGGUCGAGUGGUUGCUUUUCCACAUCAGUCUUGCUUCUUAGAUUUUAUUCCCGAUGUGGUUUUCUUCAAUUUUCCUUUGAUACUUGUUUUCUAUCCUCAUAUUCUCUGCUGAUGACAUGCUCUUAGAUUUUGUAUUGCUCAUGAUUAACUCUUUUUCAAGGAACCAUGUGCUCUUACUAUAAGUGGUUGACAUUGACAUCUGGCCCCUUGAAGCACACUGAUCUGGGUUAGAUGUUUUUGUCUUUGGAAUGGUUCAUAGCUCUGUCGGAUGGGCCUAGGUUUAACUAUUUUGCCCACUUAUUUUGGGGCUGGGCCUGGGAUGAAGUUUUGUAGACCUACGUGAUGGGUAUAUAUUCACUUUUAUUUUCUUUUAUGUCCUAUAAAUGCAUCCUUUUGUGGAACCCUAAUUAUCGACUACCCCCUUCCACCAUCGCCUCCUCUUCUCGCAUCUUCAGAUCUUGAACCAAUUUCGGGGACAUCCAUGCCCUGAUCUCUUUGUUAACGAGAUCCACAUUGACGUCCUUAUCUUUGCCAUCAAGUUGUCGGAACUGCUCAGUUUCUCUGGUGAUUCUUACAGAGGGUUUCCUCAUUUCUGUGAAGCCAUUGGAUAGCAAGCUGACUUGAUUGAAAAGUGUUGGAGAGGAUAGUCAAGCGAUGGAAGUUUUAAAGCACUCCCAGAAAAAUAACUUCGAUCGUCUUCCUGACGAUAUUGUCCUCAUCAUAUUUAACAAGUUACGGGAGGCUAAGUGGCUUUGCAGAUGCUCAAUAGUAUCCAAGCGUUUCACUUCCCUCAUCCCUCACAUCAGCAACGUCUCUGUCAAAGCACCCAACAACUUGUCCACAUGGUUUGAACAAAAAGAAGGGAGGACUUCUGUUUUUGACUACCUAGUUGGACUGAAAGCCAUUGUGCAUUUGCAUAUAGAGGACAGUUUUUUCUGGGAGGUGAAUUGGGAACCCUUAUGGUUUCCCCUUCUCAAGUGGAAGAUAGUUGAGUUCAAUGUUAAUGUCAAAAGUUUUACUUUUCUCAUGGCUUCGCUUCUCAAAGUGGAACUACUGCCAGAAGAUGAAAAACAAGAUGAUGAAGAAGAGGACGAGGAAGAGGAUGAAGAG